AUGAUCAUAGACUCCAAAGAACAGGCAUGGAGAAUCAGCCUGAGAAAGCCGUUCCAGCCGCUAAUCGACGAGAUCAUGGCUUGUCCCACCAAGCAGUUGCCCCAGUUGAUGGCUGCCAACCUCGUGUGGGACAAACCCCGCGGAUAUCUCUUGCAUUGGGUGCCUGUGUUGAAUCGUAUUGACGAGAUCCUCGAGUCCCAAAUUAAGAAGUAUGGCUUGGACCACGAGAACCCCAAAAUGCACCAGUUCUCGCUGGACGACCAGACGCUCGUGGUGGCAUGCUUGCAAUUUACAUGUACCUUACUCGAGCACUGCAACGAAACCAAUCUUCAGAUCUACUCCAGUAGCGACCGGAUCUACGACUUGAUCAAGAGCGCAACCAUCGACGUGCGGUUGCACGCGUUGGAGGUCAUGACCAUGAUUGGCGAGAGACACGUCCUGGGCAAUCCCAGCCAGUAUGCCAUCCCCAAGCCAGCAAAAGCGUUGCUCUUGCAAAUCGCAAAGUCGUUUCCUCCGCUUGUUCCCGCCAGCUACAACUCCAGGGGGGUUGAUCCAGACAGGAAGACCAUUGUGGGUGAGCACCAUAACUACUUGGAUAUCAUGAGUAACGAAAAGCCCCCCAAAUGGAGGCUGUUGAAUUUUCAGUACUACAAGUCGUCGUCAAGCCUGGAUCUAGGCGACUCAAAAGAGCCCAAAGAAAAAGAAGCCAACACGGCUAAGGAAUCCAAGUCCAAAGAAAAGUCCGCCAAAGGUGCCAAGGUGACUCCAACUGAAGGCUUGGCCACCUUUGCCUUGCCAGAAGAGUCGGUGCGCAAACUCACAUUGGAGCAGAUCUACGACAAAGCCAGCGAAGUCAUUCCUGAGAACUACUGGCUUCAAUUUGGCCUUGUUGCCCCAGUGGCCAAGGCCUUCAACAAUUCCUCAUAUGAAGCUCUUGAAUUAAGGCGAAAACUCUUGCAAAUCAAGUUCCUUGCCAUUGGAUCCAUAAGUUGCUUGUGCUCAAGUCAAUUCACCUCCACAAAGUUAUUUGAAGCCGAGCCAUACAUCUUCAGUUUCCUUGUUGAAAUCAUCAACCCUGACAAUUUUCACAAAGUUUCCAGAGAAGUCUUGUUCGCUGCUAUUAAGGCAUUGGAAUACAUAUCCCUCAAGAAAGUCUGGGGAAAUGACAUUAUCAGAUCAAUGGGUGGAAACGUAAGCCACGGAAUCUUAUUUGAGUGUUUGAGAUUCAUCAAUAAGCAAGUCAAGGAAGAGAGGAGCGACUACUACGAGAAAGAAUACAUCCACUUCUUGAAUAUGGUGGGAAACCUCAUUAACAUUAAGAGCUUGGCCCAAAGAUUAACUUCAGGGGGUAUUAUCCACGACUUGGUCGCCUUUUUCAACGUUAAAACCAAGUACAGAUGGACUUGUUCGGCCGCUAUUCAUUUGACUUCUAUAUAUCUAGCUGCAUGUCCAGACAGUCUUGAUACUUUCAUCGAAAUCGACGGAUUUGGACUCUUGAUCAACACUAUUCAAUAUGAAGUCAACACUGCUCUUGAAUAUCCAAAUACUGGCCAGGACAAAAAUACUUCCACUCAUUCGUUACAAUUAUACUCCAUUGCAUUCAGACAAGCCAACUUCAUCAGGAAUCUAUUGAAAUUGGUUGUCGACUUGAUCCAAUCCGAUAUGGGAGACAGAUUAAGAAAUCUUUUUGACUCACCUUUGCUUGAGAACUUCAAUAAAAUCUUGACCAAUCCUGGCGUGUUUGGACCUGCAAUUUUAUCUUCCACAAUCGACUCAGUCUUCUACAUCAUUCACAAUGAGCCAACUGCGUUCUCCAUCUUGAAUGAGGCUGGCGUAAUUGAUACUAUCCUUGAUAAUUAUGAAUCGUUCCUUUUACCCUCGGAACUCUUAUUGACUUCUUUGCCAGAGGUCAUUGGUGCUGUAUGCUUAAAUGGUGAAGGAUUGAAGAAGGUGAUCGAAAAGAAGACUAUAGAGACUUACUUCAAAUCACUCUCCAAUUUCGAGCUUUCCAAUGAAAUGGAAUCUACUACGAAUUUGGGAUGUACAUUUGAUGAGUUGGGAAGACACUAUCCUACCUUGAAGCCUAUCAUUCUAAAGGAAACGAAGAAAUUGGUUGAAAGAUGCGCAAAUGACGUUAACAAAAGACUCCCAGGAGUACAGUUUUAUCGCUCAGAGACUGGGUCUUUAUAUAGAGGCCCAGAUGACAUCGAGAAUCCAGAUGCAUCUGAAGACGCUAAAGGCGACAAGCUCCAGAGAUGGAGAGGUUCGGAAGGUGAAGCUCUUCUCGAUAAUGUUUGCUCGUUUGUUGAUGGUCUUCUUCAGGACAGUGGUCAAUGGGUUGAGAUUAUGGAAAUUAGCUUUGAAUCAUGGUUGGACUUACUCACCAUUUCCAAGGCUCCAUUCGAUUACAGCACUGCAGCAGAAUUGUUGACCUUGUUAGCGAAUCUCAAAUACUUUGAUGAUGAGAAUAGAAAUUAUGGAUUCCCUCCCUUGAUAUCUAGGCUUGAGAAAUACUUGAAAUUGCCUGAAAUUCAGGAGUUCACCCACUACGAGGGUAAUGACAAGUCGUUCUUCACACAGCUCGAAGAAGAUGGCAGAUAUGAUGAUGCUACCAAACUUAUUCAAACCCUUUCCACAACUACUACCCUUCUUUUCACUUUGAUACACACCUAUGUUAAUCCGUACUUGUGUUUCCAUGAACGUAUGUUACAAUUGACCAAGCUUUUUGGCGACCUGGGAAUGAUAAUUGAUUUGGGUCGUCUCUUGGGAAGAUGUAUUGUUGAAGAAACCACGAUUAGAGCAAGUAUUCCUGAACAUUUGGUAGAUCUCACUGCGCCAGAUUUCAUUUCAGGCCAAGAAUCGUGUAUCACGGUGAUCAGAACCAAAGAAGAAAAACCCAAGGAUUGGAAGAAAAAGCAUGAAGCUACCAAUGCCAAGUUCAAAAAUAGUUGGCAAUUAAGACAUCUUAACCUCCAUAUUAUUUCAAACAUCACAAGGCUUUUAAACUCAAUAGGCCGUGUCUGUAUGCACAAGAGACAGGAAUUUACACAAGUCAGCUACCGUACAAAAGCAGUUAAGAUGACUGUUGAAUUGGCAAAAGUGUUUGCAGAUUUGUUAACGAGACAAUUUAGCAACAGUUAUUAUAAAAGCUGUUACAUUUUGGCCGUUUCGCAAGCACUUUUGCAUAGUAUUACGAUCAGAGAGAGAAGCAAAGACCACGCACCUACUUCAUUGGUCUUUGCAUUCAUUCAAACUGGAGUAUUUGAUCUUUUGAGAGAUUUGGGCAUUGAAUUAUGGCAAAAACUUUUGUUCAUGGAUCCUAAGAAGGCAGAGAUCUCAAAGGACUUGAAGUUCAUUAGCGCAGAUGAAGGAAGUAUAGUAAAGAACACCUUGAGUCAUAUUCUAACCAUUUUUUCCAAGUCUGUUAAUCAAGAUUAUCUCCCCACAAUUCCGGUUUCAAAGCUCUACUUCCAUACUGGCUACGAAGAAGAAUCUAGUCUCGUUUCCUCCCUUUUGGUUCAAACCAGGUUGAGAGCUUUGGAGCUUAUUGCCAGAACAAUUACCACCCAAUAUCCUCUCUUGCCAGUCGAAAACUUUGCCAAUGUUCCAUCUCCAUUACUUGAAAUUAUGGUAUCCAUUUUUAAGGUUGCAGGCUUCAAAAACGAAAGACACGACGUCGAGUUUGUUCCUUUGGAUGUGAAUAACGUUAGUCCACUCAGCAGUCAGCUUGAAUACCUCCAAGAGAAGGGAUUGAAUAAUGCGCAGGCCAUGCACUACUUCAAGCACGGUUUGGAUCUUUCGGAAGACACAAGCCAGUGGCCUGAAUGUCCACAGUUGGAUUUGAGUGCAUCAGAGAUCGAAAGAAUUAAACAUGCUGUGGAUGAAGACCCAAGAGAUUGGAGUCUUGAUCAUUCUAGCUACCCUUCUAAACAAGAUCUUGAAGACCAAAGAAGUAGUCUUUUCUAUUUAUCCCCCGAGAAAUGGUUAGAGUUCACUCGCAACUACCCUCACCCAUACCAAGUAUUCAGAAUUAUUACUACUGCUUGUGAUGAGUUCGAAUUGUCAUCGGUCUUAUUUGACCAAAUUUUGGACUUAACCGAGAAAAAUGAUAGAGGAGUCAAGUUGGCUACUGACAUCCAAUUAUUGUCAUAUCGGAUGGAACUGGAAUAUUCUGCUCCUAUCAAGAGUGAUAAAACUCUCGAUAGAUUCACUGAUUUCUUCGUGAAAGAGCUUCAGUAUAACGAGACCAACUCCAUGGUCAACGAGGAGUACUUUCAUCAUGCCUUGAAGAUUUUUGAAUUUAUAAUGACCAACAAGACCACUCCGUUGGAUAGUUCAAAGGCUUCAUACUUGGCUUCAAAGCCAUUUAGACUUGACGACAAGACUCAAGCAAACAUUCUCGAAAGUCUUUUGAAACUCCAAGACAUAAACAAUGGAAAUACCAUCAUAGCUCUCACCAGAGUUUUGAUUUUAUUUGCCAAAGACUAUGAAAAUGCCGUGAGAAUCGCGAGAUCACAGCUUUUGAAGAAUUUAGUUCGUCAUUCAAAACAUUUAAAUAAAUCUACCACCUUGUCUCCAACACCAGAGGCCAAAAACCAAGAUUUGGAUUCAUACAGAUCUUACCUUAUUAUUUUGAUGAGAAGAUGUUUUGAGACGGCAGAAGUUUUGAGGGUCAAUAUGUCGAAUGAAAUUUUGGCACUGUUGAGUACACCAAGCAGAUUCAAUAGGGAUCUCAACUCAUCACUCAAAGAGUCCUUCUCGUUGGUAGUCCGUAAUCCAGAAAUUUACGCAGAUGUUAUGUCUGAGAAUGUUCUUCUUGAUGGUUACGAUGGUAUCAUGCCUUUGGAUGGUAAGUUACCUAUUGUGAAGGUUUCGAAGGAUGAACAUAAAGAUUCCGACGAACAAAAGUCAUCCAAGGCUCAUGAAGAAGAUGUCCAAAUGAAGGAUGCAGAAGCAGCACCUGUUGAAUCCACAGGAAUUGUGCAUAUACUUUUGAGCGAGUUGAUGGAAGUAAUCAAAACAGACUGGGUGAGUGAUCCAAAAGACCAAAAAGCAAAGACUGAAUCCGAAGAAGAAAAGAAAAAGAACGAUAAGAAGAAGGAUGAUAAGAAGGAUAAAACUGGUGAAUUAUCCAAAAACCCCAACUUUUCAUAUGCAUCGUUCCUCCUUCAAACCUUGACAGAAUUGCUCGGUUCAUACAAGCAGUCGAAACUUGAAUUCUUGACCUUUUCUAAGAAAAAGAAUGGGGACUUAAAACCUAGAUCCACAGCCUUGAACUUUUUCAUUCAUCAAUUAGUUCCAACUCGUCUGUUGGAACAAUCCAGUGGUCCUGAAUUCGAUAGAAGGAGUGCUAUUUCUUCAAUUGCUAAGAUAGCACUUUUGGCAAUGGUUUCCAGUCCAGUUCUUGCCGAAAAUACCACUAGUACUCCACCGAAGACGAAAGAUUCUGACUUGGCUUUCAUCCGUAAGUUCUUUGUGGAUAUUGUGCUGAAAAUACUUAAAGAUACGUCGACUUCAGUUACUGCCUUGACCUCGGUGAAGUAUGGAAAGUUAUUGGACUUGUUCGAAUUAUGUGGAAUGGUAAUUUCUUCCAAGUCUCGUGAAACUACCGGACCACUCUUGAGUAAGAACGCCGUAAAGUAUGAUCAGUUUUUCAUUAGCAAAGCUAUUAUCGAUGCCCAAAUUCCAUUCCAGAUCACCAAUAUUCUUGCUGAUUUAGAUUUGAACUUCCCUGGCCUGGAAAAGGUCAUAAAGGCAGCACUUAAGCCUAUGAGUUUACUUGGAAAAACUAAAACCGAUUUCCAGGAGUUGUUCGAGGAAGAACAUCAAGGAGACAACGACGACGAUGACAUUGUCCCUGAUGAAGUCGAUGACAGAGAAGAGACACCUGAUUUGUUCAGAAACUCCACCUUGGGAAUGUAUGAUGCUGAAUAUGACAGCGAGGAAGAAGAAAUGGACUACUAUGACGACGAUCCAUUGGAGGUGUUGAUGUCAGGAGAGGAAAUCUCAGGAUCGGACGACGAAUCCUCAGGAUUAUCCGAUUUAGAAUCCGGUGAUGAGGAUGAAGGUGAAGAUCUCGAUCUUAGAGAUGAUUACGAUGAAGGAGUUGACGAAGAUUCCGAAGACUCCGAUGGAAUGGAUGAGGAUUCCGAUGACAUGGACGACAUAGAAAUCAUUGACGAGUUGAACAUUGGUUCACAUAGCGACUCAGAUGACGACGAGGACAUGAGCGGUGACAACUCCAGCUUCUACGAUUUUGAAGAUGAAGAAGCCAGUGAAUACGAUGAAGAAGAGUUAGAUGGUUGGCUCGAAGAAUUUGGAGCCGGUGAAGACGACGAUGAUGAUUCUGAAGAAGAAGAACAUGAUGGUAGGUCUAGACGUGAAGGUGGUAGACAGUUAGGAUUGGAAUCGAUUGACGACUCUGACGACAAUUUAAGUGACGUGGAGUCCUCGCUGGAGAUGGAUGGAGAAUCACACACCAGAAGAGGAUUGAACAGAGCAUUACCUGCGUUCGAAAGAUCACCUACAUUAGCAGUGCUUUUGGAUAGCUUCUUGGGAGAAUCUGGAGGAUUCAGAGGUACCAUUGAAGUCAACGGCGAAGAACAUCAUAUUCAUAACUUUGACAAUAACGUUCCUGGAAUCGGAAGAGUUUUUGGACAUAUUUUUGGAGAUAAAGCCAGUUCAGAGCCUUACAAAUUCAUGUACAUUAAAUCUACCAAGGAAAGAUGGGUGGAGACCAUGAGACUCUUCUACGCCAGAGACAGAGAGGAGAUCAUUAGUGUGGUCGCUAGAGAAAUCUUAGACCGUAUCCAGGAUGAAAGCACCAAGGUGUACAGGAAGAAAAAGGAAGAGGCCGAUAGAGUCCGCAGAGAGCACGAAGAGAAGAUCCGGAAGAAGCAAGAGGAAGAAAGAAAAAGAAGAGAACAAGAGGCAAAGGAGAGAGAAGAACAGGAACUCGCUAAUCCACAACCCCACUUGGAACCUGUUAUGGUCACUAUUGGUGACAGAGAAGUUGAUAUUAGUGGAACUGAUAUUGAUCCCGAGUUUUUUGAAGCUUUGCCAGAUGACAUGAGAGAAGAAGUUUUCACUCAACACAUCAGAGAAAGAAGAGCCAACGCAAGCACCACUGGACUUGAUGCGAGAGAAAUCGACCCCGACUUCCUUGAUGCUUUACCAGACCAAAUACGUGAAGAAAUUCUCCAGCAAGAAUCCAUGGCCCGGAGAUUUUCCUCCUUGGGAGACAUGAGAUUCGAAGAUGACGAUGAAGGGGACGAGGAUGACGAAGGCGAUCUUGCAGAUGAUAAUGGUGAAGCAAACCUCGAUGGCUCAGCAGCUUCCAAAAAGACUGAAAAAGCAAAGAAGGUAUUUUUCACACCAUUGGUCGACAAGCAAGGUGUUGCUUCGCUUAUCAGGCUUCUUUUCACACCAUUGAGCUUGAGUCAAAGAGAACAACUUUCGCAUACUUUGGAAUAUUUAUGUCAAUCUAAGCAGACCAGAAUCGAGGUCAUGGGCUUGUUGGUGGCCAUUCUCCAUGAUGGUUUAGCAGGCCACAAAGCAGUGGAGAAAAUGUACUCCCAAGUGUGUAACCGGGCUCUCACAGGUGCAAAGGACGCCAAGAAGCAAUACAGAUUGCCCUUGGGAAGUUCGAUGAUCAAUAUCGGUAUUCAAGUGAUCGAGUCAGCAAGUUACUUAUUGGAACGGAACAAUCAUUUGUGUUACUACCUUUUGACAGAGCACGAGAAUCCAUUCUUGCUCAAGAAGAAGAAUAAGUUGAAGGAUCUUACGAAGGAGAAUAAGUACCCAAUCAACCACCUUUUGGGCUUGCUUGAGCAUAAUCUCAUCAAGGACGACCAGACCUUUAUGGACAUACUUGCAAGAGUGCUCCAAGUGGCUACCAGGCCCUUGCACGUACUUCUGAAAGUGAAUAAGAAGGAAGAAGUCAAGCCUGCACCAUUUAAUCCUCCAACCAUUCCUGAUGCCAACUAUCGUCGGAUCAUCAAUCUUUUGACUGCUAACGAGUGUUCUAACACCACCUUCAGAAGAACCAUUAGUGCCAUGCAGAACUUGUCGGUGUUGGGCAACGCCCAGAAAGUAUUCUCCUUGGAGCUCUCGGAUAAGGCUACCUCCUUGGGCCAUGUCAUCAUCAACGACCUUAACCAAUUGACCAAGGAAUUGAAUGGUGCAAAUUACUCCUACGACAACAAGGCCAUGACCAAAUUCACUGCUUCCUCUUCGGACCAAGCCAAAUUGCUUAGGAUCUUGACUGCCUUAGACUACAUGUUUGAGUCCAAGGAUAAAGAGAAGAACAAGGAAAUUGACAGUGGAGCCGAAGCUGAAUCAAAGAAGCCCAGCUCUCCUAUUGAUAUCGAAGAAUUGACCGGAUUAUACAAGCGUUUGGCUUUGGGUACGUUGUGGGAUGCUUUAAGUGAUAGUUUGAGAGAAAUUGAAAACCGUCAGGAACUUGCUCCGAUUGCCACUGUUUUGUUGCCUUUGAUUGAGGCUCUCAUGGUGGUGUGUAAACACAGCAAGGUGAGAGAUUUACAGAAGGACGUGGUGAAGUUUGAAGCCAAGAAAAUCGACUUCAGCAAGGAACCUAUUGAAAGGCUCUUCUUUUCGUUCACAGACAAGCACAAGAAGAUUCUCAACCAAAUGGUCAGAACCAAUCCAAACCUUAUGAGCGGUCCCUUUGGCAUGUUGGUAAGUAACCCCAGAGUGUUGGAGUUUGACAACAAGAAGAACUACUUCGAUAGGAAGUUGCACCAAGACAAAAAUGAGAAUUCCAAGUUGGCAAUAAGCAUUCGUCGUGAUCAAGUGUUCUUAGACUCGUACCGUUCCUUGUUCUUCAAAUCAAAGGAAGAGUUCAAGAACUCCAAGUUGGAGGUGAAUUUCAAGGGCGAGACUGGUGUUGAUGCUGGUGGUGUCACUAGAGAAUGGUACCAGGUAUUGUCGAGACAAAUGUUUAAUCCGGACUAUGCCUUAUUCACCCCAGUCGCAUCAGACGAGACCACCUUCCACCCUAACAGGACGUCGUUUGUGAACCCCGAGCACUUGUCGUUUUUCAAAUUUAUUGGUAGAAUCAUUGGUAAAGCUAUCCACGAUGGUAGUUUCCUCGAUUGUCAUUUCUCCAGAGCAGUGUACAAGAGAAUUCUCAGCAGACCGGUUUCCUUGAAAGAUAUGGAAACUCUCGAUUUGGAAUACUUCAAGUCGUUGAUGUGGAUGUUGGAAAAUGACAUCACCGACGUCUUGACCGAAGAUUUCUCGGUGGAGACGGACGACUAUGGUGAGCACAAGGUUAUUGACUUGAUCCCAGACGGAAGAAAUAUUCCUGUCACUGAGGAGAACAAGCAGGAGUACGUGAGCAAAGUGGUUGAGUACAGAUUGCAAACAUCUGUUACUGAGCAGAUGGACAACUUUUUGAUUGGAUUCCACGAGAUCAUUCCAAAGGACCUUGUUUCCAUUUUUGACGAACAGGAAUUGGAGUUGUUGAUUUCAGGAUUGCCCGACAUCGAUGUCAACGACUGGCAGAAUAACUGUACCUACAACAAUUAUUCUCCAUCUUCGCUUCAGAUCCAAUGGUUCUGGAGAGCUGUCAAAUCUUUUGAUAACGAGGAAAGAGCAAAGUUGUUGCAGUUUGCUACAGGUACUUCCAAGGUGCCAUUGAAUGGUUUCAAGGAGUUAAGUGGGGCCAAUGGGACCUGUAAGUUUAGCAUCCACAGGGACUACGGCACUACUGAUCGGUUGCCAUCGUCACAUACUUGUUUCAACCAAAUCGACUUACCAGCGUAUGAAAGCUACGAAACGUUGAGAGGAAGCUUGUUGUUAGCAAUUACUGAAGGUCACGAAGGUUUUGGAUUGGCCUAGUCAGGUCUUGUGUUGAAGAUUUUUCAAAAAAGAUUAGGAUCAAAAAUUUCGUCAUGAGCAUUGUUCGUAUGGCUUUAGUUAUUGGUUAUAGUUAUAAUAACAUAUACAUUAUUGAAAAGUUU